AGAGUUCCUCAAACUUCACUCAACACAAAUUCAUGAAACCACCUCUCUGUUCCAAGAAAGUGUUCUAGACCUUGGGGAUCCAGCAGGACACAGACAGAAACAUAUUCAUCUUGGAGGAUGAAUAUACUAGGCUUAGAGACUCCAGGCACUCCAAAUUCCAAGCUGCAUAAAGUGGACCUCAACCUAAUCCACUGGGACAGGUGCUUCCGUGAUUUGCCCUUGGUCACCAAGAACAUGUUGUGUGCUGGCAAUUCUCAAGGUGGAAAGGAUUCCUGCAAGGGUGACAGCGGGGGACCUCUGAUUUGCCACAAAAAGAACAACAAUAGCAUAUGGUACCAGUUGGGCAUCAUCAGCUGGGGAGUGCAAUGUGGAAAUAAGGACUUCCCUGGAGUGUACACGAAGGUGUCAAAUUAUCUAUCAUGGAUUGUGAAGGAGACAAGAAAGGCCGGGAAGCCUUAUCUGCGCCAGCCAGACUCCGGGUACAGUUUGUUUCUCUCACUCUGGGCCAUCUUGCUCCUAUAUUUUGUGAUACUUCUAUUGUCCUGCUGAUUAAACACUGUUUCAUCUCAAA